CGUGAUAUAAGCCUAGCCUUGUGUGGCUUUUAGUGACACUGGCUUCAUGUUUUCAGUCAGCGGUUGUUUCAAACAAGUGAAACCUCAGGUUUUCUUCUAAACUCAGCCGCCAGACCAUUACUGUUCCUCUUGAGGUAACAGGAUCUUGUUGAUCACUAACUACUAUUAUUCCACAUCCAUGUUGAUGGCUUUUGAGAAGAGAGAAAAACCUAAUAUUGCUCCCAGUGACGGGAUGAACACAUCAGUGCGUGAAAUCCACCUCUCCUCUCAGGCUGACUUUUCCUACUUUCUAAGAGUGGACUGGGAGGGGCGGGGCUUAGGCUUCGGCUUCAAGUUGCUUUUGACAGAUGGACAGAAGGCAUGGAGAGGAAAGGUGAGUGAGGCGGUGGUGAAUGAAGAGGCAGAGGAACUGGAGAUGGCGAAGGAGAAGUACAUCCAGGACCUCCAGCAGGCUCUAACAGAGCCAGAACUCUCUGCCUCCUACUGCUUCACCCUGAAGCCACACCCACCCACCAGUAGCUGCACUGUGACUCUGACAUAUGAGAAAAUGCAGAAGGGCAUAUCUUUCAAACUUGGCUCUGUCUUGCUGGAUGCUGUCGAGGAGCCAGCUGAGGCGGUGAGAGCGGUGCUGAUACACACACUGCAGCAAGGAAACAAACUGCAGCAACAUAACCACAAACUGAAGGAGGAGAACCAGAGGCUGAUACAGGAACACCAAUACAUCACUGAAAAGCUGAAGCACUACGCUGACGGUGUAGAGACCCUGAAGGCAGAGCUGUACUCUCGGUUCGUCCUGCUCCUCAAUGAGAAGAAAACAAAGAUUCGCAGUCUGCAGGAAGCUUUGACAAAGCUGCAGGAAAGAAGGAAUUCUGAAGAACAAAAAAACAAGAAUUCUGCUAAAUCAGAUCAAACUGCAGAUCACAACAGCGAGGCUGAUGAAUAUGGAGGCAGUACUGACGAAGAGCUGAAGGAAGAGCAAUCAACAGGAACUUCUCAUCCGUCAUCUAAAGAUUCUGCUACUCCGAGCCCUCUGAACCUCCGCGACAUCACCGAUGUUGCUCCUUGUCGCAAGCGUCGUUUCCGCCAUCUUGGUCCUCCAGAGCUUGCUGUGAAAAAGCAGGACCCAGAGGCGGCACAGAAGAAAAGGGCGGACUCCUCUGCAGCAUCCCAUCAGCUGCAGACUCCCCAACGCUCUGUAGAUGCUACGGAAGCAGCUUCAGCAGGACCUUCAGAAGCUGAAGACCUAUUUGAUGAUUUUUGACUUCCAAACAGCUUCUGUUCCUGUACUGCUGCAGGUAUUCAUCUCAAAGGUAUUUUUUCUACAAAACGAGCUGAGUGAAUCAAUGAUAGUGAUGACACUAAACCCUUUAAUAAUGAGCUAUCUGUAGAUGCAGAAGAGCAUAUAUAUAUAUAUACCUGUGUAUAUAUAUAUAUAUAUAUAUAUCUCUAUGCUGAGACUCAAGGCCUUCAUAAAAGAUACAUAUUAUUGUCAAAUUUCACAAUAAAUUGGAAUUUGAGUGUUAUUACAUUAAAAAGACAACAGUGUACAUGAAAUGUAAGAUUUGCUAUGUUGUUCCUGCUUUAUGCAAGUCUAGCCUAAUGGAUUCUUGUCACAGUUGUAUUGAUGAGUAGUUUGUAUUUCAAAAUGUAUAAAUAUUAACGCUCUGUGUUGCCCUGCGACAGGCUGGC